UUUAGCCAUCGAUUGUUGUCAUUUUUCGGGGGAAUAAACGGGUGUGGUGUGAUGAUGACAAACUGACUAUUGAAGGAGAAAAGAGUAUAGCAAUGCCAACCAAAAAAAUGAGAAGAAAAAAAAUUGGAUGGUUUUGGAAAAUAAAAAAAAAUUUUUUUUGUUUAUUGGGGGAGGGGGGGAUACUACACUGAGUGAGAAGGGAGAGAAGGGAGAGGAGAAGAAAAAAUACAAAAAAUACAAAAAUGAGGAGAAUAAAAAAGAGGGAUUUGGAAAAGUUUUUUAGUUUGGUAGAU